GCCAUGUAUUGCAGCGGUCGGGUAAGCCUGGCCCAUGUCGAUCCCUCUUCGGACCGGGCUGUGUGCGUCGACUCCGCAAAGCGCAAACGCGAGUAGUCACUUAAGCCCGUUCCCUUGGGCCAAACAUCGAGUGUGCGCUGAGCGGUAAACAGGUGCAUCUGGCCCUUCGACGUCGUCGCUCGCGGAAAGCCAUCGCAAACCCGACAUGCCCGCCACGAGGUCGCGGUUCAAGGCGCGACGGAGGGUGUGAGCAGAAACGAGGAACUAUUGCAAUGCUUCGUACGAUUGUCAGAUCUGAUCGUAGGAUCCGAUCGUAAGAGAGAACAUCGAAGACCAACCGGCCCAGAAGACAGGUAAGGACACUCUCGUCGAAGAGCUAAACAACAGGCAAAGAACGUAAUUCUGCACGAAUUCCACCAUGCUGCCUAUAGUGGCUUUAGUGUUGGCUGUUGCGGUGGUCCUGGUGUCGGCGCUAACCAUAGCCUGGCUCUACCUACGCUUGGUCAGGCAGAUGUACCGGGAGGACCACAAGGGCUCGUAUGAGCCGGCCAAGACGGAGGAGAAGGUUGUCGGCAAAUCGCUCUCUCUCCUCAAUGGCAAAGCGAAGACCCCAGCGUCUGACGAAACCGACAACAAAGACGUCGUAGAAGCGACCGAACCGUCGGACUCCAGCGUCACACUCUUGUCAGUCACACCGCGCGAGCCAGAGGAUGGCAUCGCACUCGACGGCAGCUUCGCCGAGUUGGACCAACCACGGACGGUCCAAUCACGUUCUCCGGACAACCGUCCGAUGACGUCAACACCCGCAGAUGGCGCUAGCUUGGGUCACUCCAGGGUACCGCAAGUGCACACUGCUUACGCAGGACGAUCAGUCCGCUACGCGCCCAUGUCUGCAAUGGAAGCUGACCACAUUCAAAUCGCCGCGUCGGAGGCAUCCAUGACAUCCAACCAAAAUGAACUCAUGACACGCAUGAUCGAAACUGUCGGGAAUGGCAGUGCGUGCACACCAACGACCAUAACACGCUUUGAAGGAGCAACGAGUGAGAACGUCGAAGAACUGUCUCUGUCACCGAUGUUCUGGGACUACGCGGGCUUCGAGUGGCCCGGGAAGAAUCGGGAAGACGUCUUCACCGCGGACGUGGAUCCUCACACCGGUUCAGAGUGCAGCAUGCCCUUCUGCGAAGACCAAGAAGAGGAGGAAGACUCGGACGGCCACUCGAGCACGUCGGGGGUGCACCGAGUGCUUCGAAAGACGGAAGGUUCGUACUCUUGCUAUCCGUUCGUCGAACACUGCCCGCGUCAAGAGCAAGGCCCGACGUGCAUUCAGUUCGUGCCAGCAGAUUGCACGCUCGCGCACCGCACUACCGCUGCGUCGACGGGAAGCUUGCCCAUAUCGGAAGAAGACGAAGCUGACCAAGCGUUCUUCGGCAAGGCCCAGCAUGACGAGACCUACAGGCAGUACUUGGAAAGUAUUAUCCUGAGGCGUAAAGCUCGGAUGUACUACGGACCAUACGGCCAUAUUCCGCGUUCCUGAAUAUUACACUAUGAACACCUGUACGCAACGUU